CCUCCUCCUGUUAUUUAUAGCUGGAACAACAGCCGGCAAAACUGUCCCUGGGCAGGAACGCUUCCCUCCUGCCUCUGCCUGCAUUGGAUCCUGCUCUCCUGAACCCAGCAGAGCAGGCAGAUGUAGCCACCCACCUCUAGGAGGAAAACUGAGCUGCAGCCCCGGUGAAACAUCAAGUUUAUUUGACUAAAGUGACGCAAAAAUUCUUAAAGAGCUCUUUGGCAGCAGAUUAUCUGGAAAUCAGACCAUGUGAGGGGAUUGGGGUACAAAAACCUCGCCGAGGGGCUGAGUUCCCGAGACUCCCGAGUCAAUGUGGGUGAAGGUUACUCGAGCUUGGAUAACUCCAAGGAAAGCGCUUCCGACCCAUCCGCUACACAGAUGGUGUUUGUGUCUUCAGUCUGAUGGAUUUAAAUAUGGAAGAGGAAUUCUAAAAGUGCUGGGAAUAAAAGCGUGGGAAGACAAGCCAGAAGGGGACCCUGUGCUGCCGUCUGUCUGCAAGUGAUCAGAACAAAUCUCUGAAAAAAGAUGGAAAAAAAGGCAACAAGCAAUGAGACCGAGCCGCUAACUUCCAAGAAAGAUGUCUCAGACUGUAACGAAGGAGAAGACUGUAAAGAAAACGGACUUCUGGUCAGGAACCCUAAAUCUGCCCUACGGCUGGUGGAGGAUGGCAAUAAAGUCCAUCCCAGCCAGGGAGACAAAGGGGAGGCAGCUCAGAUCUCCAACGGUUAUUCGGGGGUUCAGAGCUCCGUUCCCGGCAAUGGGAUGGGGGAGGCGGAAGGUGCCCAGUGCACGGCCCCGGCGGCCACCACCACCUCCAGCUCCACCGCCUGCGGGGCAGAGGGGCAGCAGCAGCUCAUGGAGCUGGAAGACAGGGAGACCUGGAGUAAAAAAAUAGACUUUCUGCUCUCCGUCAUCGGAUACGCGGUGGAUCUGGGGAACGUGUGGAGGUUUCCUUAUAUCUGCUACCAAAACGGAGGAGGAGCGUUCCUCAUUCCGUACGCAAUCAUGGCCAUCUUUGGAGGGAUUCCUCUCUUCUAUAUGGAACUAGCGCUAGGACAGUACCACAGGAAUGGGUGUAUUUCAAUCUGGAGGAAAAUAUGUCCUAUAUUCAAAGGAAUUGGCUUUGCCAUCUGUAUAAUAGAUCUUUACGUAGCCUCCUACUACAACACCAUUAUGGCUUGGGCCUUUUACUACCUCAUAUCGUCCUUCACGGCGGAGCUGCCAUGGACUACCUGCACAAACGCUUGGAACACAGGCAACUGCACCAACUACUUCAGCAAGGACAACGUCAGCUGGUCCCUGCACUCCAUCUCUCCCGCUGAAGAAUUUUAUACCCGCCAAGUUCUACAGGUGCACAGGUCCAAUGGGCUGGAUGACCUGGGGGGCAUUAGCUGGCAACUGACCCUCUGUUUAUUGUUAAUCUUCACCAUUGUAUACUUCAGCAUCUGGAAAGGGGUCAAAACAUCUGGCAAGGUGGUGUGGGUGACUGCCACGUUCCCGUACAUCAUCCUCUUCAUCCUGCUCGUGAGAGGAGCAACUUUGCCCGGGGCUUGGAGAGGUGUCCUCUACUACCUGAAACCCGACUGGCAGAAGCUCCUGGCCACGGAGGUUUGGGUGGAUGCAGCAGCUCAGAUUUUUUUCUCCCUUGGUCCAGGUUUUGGGGUCCUGUUGGCUUAUGCCAGCUACAACAAAUUCCAUAACAACUGCUACCAAGAUGCUCUGGUUACCAGCACCGUGAACAGUAUGACCAGUUUUGUGUCCGGGUUUGUCAUUUUCACUGUGCUGGGAUACAUGGCUGAGAUGAGGAAUGAAGAUGUUUCGGAGGUCGCCAAAGAUACCGGACCCAGCCUUCUCUUCAUCACGUACGCCGAGGCCAUUGCAAACAUGCCCGCUUCCACCUUCUUUGCCAUCAUCUUCUUCCUGAUGUUGCUCACGCUGGGAUUAGACAGCACAUUUGCAGGACUGGAGGGAGUGAUCACCGGGGUGCUGGAUGAAUUCCCACAUGUCUGGAGCAAGCGCAGGGAAUUGUUUGUUCUUAUUCUGAUCAUCAUUUGCUUUUUGGGGUCAUUAGCCACCCUGACAUUUGGAGGCGCGUUCGUGGUGAAACUGUUUGAAGAAUACGCCACUGGUCCGGCUGUGCUAACCGUGGUGUUCCUGGAAGCGGUUGCUGUGUCCUGGUUCUACGGCAUCACCCAGUUCUGCAGCGACGUGAAGGAGAUGCUGGGCUUCACCCCCGGCUGGUACUGGCGGGUUUGCUGGGUAGCGAUUAGUCCCAUCUUCCUUCUGUUUGUCACCUGCAGCUUUCUGUCCAACCCUCCUGAGCUGCGCCUGUUUGAUUAUGAUUAUCCCUACUGGACCACAGUAGUGGGUUAUUGCAUAGGAACCUCUUCCGUCAUCUGUAUUCCCAUCUACAUGGUGUACCGGCUGCUCAGCACUCCAGGAACACUGAAGGAGCGUAUUCUGAAAAGCAUUAGUCCAGAAACAGCUACAGAAAUUCCUUUUGGAGACAUCCGCAUGGAUGUGGUGUAAGCUCACCUGUCUGCUGGGGGGAGAGCGGGGAGCAAAAAUGUCACUUUCCCGGUACUCUCCUCCCUAAAGAAUCACAUUUCCAGCUGAGACGGCAAGUAGAGGAGGUUUUUGCGGAGGCUGCGGCACUGAUCACGGGUGUUUGGAGACACGGUGCCUCCAGCACGUUUAUCCAAGCAAUCCAAUGAGAUCUACUGUGCGCUUCUCACCAGACUGAACUGAGAACUCAUCCAUUCUGGACUCCCGAGGAUGUCUGUGUCCAUGAGAGCACCACUGCUCCACGCGGGGAAACUGGGGCUGCUGGAAGGCUGCACGGAUGCGUAAGCUGCUCCAGGAUGAGCACGGGCAGGAUUAGGUGUAGGAUCCCCGGGCUGUGGCAGUGCUCCCGUAGCCUCCUCCGUGUGAUUGUUCAUACCGGGCAAUGUCGUAUUCGCUUCUAAGGUUCUAAUUGCUUAAACUACUUUGAAAAAUACAACAAUAUUCCUGAUAGCCAUUCAAGUAACACAGGGGUUUAUAAGCUAGGAAAAAAAUAGUAAAUUCUUCGAUCCCCAGGUUUGUAGCGGAGCAGAGGAAGAGGAAACACUGAGCAGUGCGAUAUACAGCUCUGCGUACGUUAGCACGCACACCUGGUAGCAUUAUCCUCCUUUUCAUUUCCUGCAUUUUGUAUAUGGUAAGUUUCUAUGAAUUGUUUUUUGCUAGACAGUCACAAAAUUGUCGUCCUGACAGACCUACAUUUACACCCAAAAAAACUACAGACCAACAAUGAUGUUUUUGAGUUCUGAAGCCAAAAAGCAGAAUCCUGAAGAUCUGCUUCUCUGCUUUGCUUUGUUUUGGUUUUUUGUUGGUUGGUUUGGUUGGUUUUUAUUUAAUUUCACACCUAACAUUUGCUGGAGCCUGCGAGUCUUUCUAUUCUUUCCUCGUAGAAAGCUAAAGUUCCGAAUAAUCCUUUUGGCUGCCAAAACUGCACUUAAACUAGACAAACAUACUUUGACGAUUUAUAAGCUCAUAUUCUAAUGUGAAGGCAUUGGGUUUUCACCCUGAACAGGAAAAAAAGAGGAAAAGGAGGGGAACUUAUUUUUAGCAAGAAGUUGAACAGAGCUCAGUAGGACUGACCCUCAUCAGAAGUGUUUAUAUGAUACCUUGAGGCACUUAUAUGCAAAUGAACGUCCAUGCACAUACUCACCUCUCUGUGUUAUAUGCAUAUACAUGCUCUCCAAAUGUAACCGCAGCUGCCAAAUUCCUAAAAUUAUUUAAAGAUACAAAAGUAACGUAGACAUGCAAAGUCACAAGAAAAAUACUUUUAGCAACGGACAGCCCAAAAGAUCAUUUGUGAUGUUAGGUCUUUGCUCUCUUUUUGGUAGGAUAAUCAAGUCUUUACAAGAACAGGGGACAAGGAAGCCCUCCAGAAGUGGAUUUAAAAGGCUUUUCCUGAACACAAAGAUAAAAUACACCCAUGGUUUUGCUCUAUAAAAGCUGAACUAACAAGGCAGUUUAGUUCCUCUCUCCCUUUUUUUCCUUUGUUAUAUGGCAGACUGGUUUGAAGUUUUCUAAAUCUUGUUAUUACAAGUUCAUUUUUUAGUAUCUCUGUUUAGCUGAGUGGUUGAAAUAUUGAGAAAUUAAUGUCAUUUGUUUUUUAUCAUUCUUUUUUCUUCCUUUUACGUAUCUCUCUGAAAAUAUUUAGAGUAACCAAUAUCUGUCAGGUAGCCAGACAUUAAACAUUGGUUUUGUACAAAAACUGGUUAUAUUGAUACCAAAUGGGCUGCACUGCAAUUAAGUGUUUUGAGGCAAACGAAUCCCUCCUCUUCAGCUGACCUUCCACUUACCUGUCACACCAGUAUGUCCCACCCUGUAUUCUGAACAGUGAACAGGACUUUAUGAAACUGGUAAAUUAGGACCAUGUUUGCCUUUCAAGCAAAGAGAAGUUAAACUAUAGAGUUUUAGCUGUACAGAACUAAGUAUUCCCUCCAACUUGUACACGAUGCACAUGUAUUAAUUUAUGCGGCUGUUUAGUUACAAGUGUUGCAAGCUGAUUGUAAGUCAUCAGUAUGUGCCUUGUACUGUAAACUGUUAUUGUAAUAAAUUUAAUAUUCAUAAUCCA